AGUGCUCUCCUGCUGGACAUCAGAUCCUGCAGAGUCCUUACCGAAGCGUUGAUUUUGAUUCAUCCCAUCUCCAGCAAUCAGCUAUUCAGGAUUUGAUCUGUGACCAUUCCCUAACACCAGGAUGGUACCGCUUUAUGAUUUUUGAUAAGCCUGCUGAGAUGCCAACCAAGUGCGUGGAGAUGAAUCACUGUGGGACUCAAGCGCCUAUCUGGCUGUCUCUGAGGGAGUCAGAAUCCAUGCCUCGACCUGGUGAGAUCAAACAGUUAACAGCUUGUGCUACAUGGCAGUUUUUCUUCAGCACUUCAAAAGACUGCUGUCUUUUCCGAAUCCCUGUCAGGGUGAGGAACUGUGGAGAUUUCUUUGUUUACUUACUGCAGCCCACCCAAGGAUGCAUGGGUUAUUGUGCUGAAGAUGCAAAGCCACAGACAUGUGAUCCUGAGGGAAUGAAAUUUCAAGGUGCCUGCAGCAGUAACCUGGCUGCUACAUCAGCUCCACCUGUGUCACCACCACUGCCAUUGGUUCCUGAAGUUGUAGCAGAGAUGAUCAAAGGCAGCAUUUACUUAAGGUGUACCUUUGGUGUUCCUUCUGCAAACAGCUCUGUUGGAUUCAUUGUAACCUGGUCAAGACUUUCUCCUGAAGGUAUCAAAGAAGAACUUACACACGAAACUGCAGUUCAUACCUUCUCACUUCUAGAACUAGAUGGGAUAAACGUCAGACUUGGAGACAGAGUCUACUGUAGCAGUUCUGCUUUUUUCAUGGAGAAGCCAGAUAUACAAAGCUCUUCAGUUGAGAGCAAGGAAUUUUUUGCUGGAAUUAAGAUACGUCCAGAAACAUAUGAUAUAUCAGAAGAUGGGAAGGAAUACAGACUGACAGUAGAAAGUAGCAUUCCUAUUCCUUGUCCUGAGUUUAGCCAGCUUGAAAGUGACUGCAAAAUCUCACUAACAUUAAAUAGUGUUGAUGAAGGUAAAGAGCAGCUCGGUUUAAACUUGGCUCUUUCUUCUUGUCAUGUGGAUCUUCUCCAGAAACCCUGCAAUAAUGGAAUCUGUAGUCAAGCUGUAAUUUAUUUCACUGCUGUGACAGACUUCAUGCAGGAUGGAGACAGAAUUACCAGAAUUGCAGUUGAGCCUAUAUCCAGUGAGAAUUUCCUGUGGAAUGGCUAUGUUCCAGAAAGCAUACAGAUUACAGUUAAGGAUCUACCCACUGCCUACUGCUACUCAUUUACUGAUCCUCAUAUAAUUACAUUUGAUGGAAGAGUCUAUGACAAUUUUAAAACAGGAACAUUUGUUCUCUAUAAGAGUACAUCUCGAGAUUUUGAAGUUCAUGUUCGCCAGUGGGACUGUGGAAGUCUUCACUACCCAGCAUCCUGCAACUGUGGCUUUGUUGCCAAGGAAGGAAGUGAUAUAAUUGCAUUUGACAUGUGCAGUGGUCAGCUGCAUGAAUCACAGCCACACUUAUCUGUAAUAAACAGAGACACAACAGGAAGCAAUGUCAGAGUCACUGAAUCCUACCUAGGAAGAAAAGUAACAGUUUUGUUUUCUUCUGGAGCUUUCAUUCGUGCUGAUGUGAGUGAAUGGGGAAUAAGCAUAACGCUUAGGGCCCCCAGCUCAGAUUACAGGCAUACAGUGGGACUCUGUGGCACCUUUGAUGGAAUUGUGGAGAAUGACUAUCACACUGCAAGUGGGGCGGAAAUCCCAAAUCAUGCUAAUGCUCUUUUUUCUUUUAUUAAGGAGUGGAGAAUUUUACCAGGAGAUAGCUUGUUUGACAAAACACCUGUUUCUUUAACAUCUUCGAGAAAAGUAGUCUUCUGUGACUGUGCACUUGAAGAUGACGGAUUAUAUCCUUCAGUGAACAAACUGGAGACAGCUUCUCAGUCAGAACUUCCUCUGUCUUGUAAAGAAAGUGAAAAUGGUAGAUUUCUUUCUUUAAUACCAGGACUGGAUGUCACUGCUGAGUAUCUUGGUCCUAUUGAUCUUGUCAGAGGCUUAAAGAAACGUUCAUCUGCAAAUGAAAUGGAUUCAUCUACACUUCUUCAGAGGGAGGGUAAUCAAACCAAACUUCACAAAACAUCAUCAGUAAACUCACAUGUCUUAGCAACCUCAGUGACAAAUACUGGUAUAGAAAGAGAAGGAAGUUCAAGCUCAGGCGUUAGAAAAAAUUCUCAGCAUUACAGUAGUCAUCCUCUCAAAAGGCUGUCAGUUACAAGUAGAGGGAAGCGUCAGAAUUAUUAUGAAUACCAUCCAGUAUUCCUAUUCCAAAGUCUCAGCCAAACAGACUUAGAGGAAUAUAGUUAUUUUUUCCCAGAGGACCAUGCCACUGACACAGACCAGAAGUUCCUUCCUUCUUGGCCCACACCUUCAGGCCUCACCGAGUCUAGUGCUUGGCUACUCUGCCAGCAGGCAAUAGCUAAUUCCAGCAUAGGAAGAUCUUGUGGUGCCCUUCUUGGUCGGCGAACAGAGGAUGCAGUCGAUAUGUGCGUUAAAGAUUUGCUGCUGAAAGAUGACCUCAGUUGGGCAGAAGCUUCCUUACCUCUUCUGGAGAAUGAAUGUGAGAGAAGAAUUUUAGAAGAAAUAAAUUACAACCCACAGGAACUUGAAGGCUCAGUUGAGAGCCUGCUUACUGCAUUGAAGUGUCCCAGUCUCUGCAGUGGUAAUGGGGAAUGUACAGAAUGGGGCUGUGCAUGUUUUCAAGGCUACAGCUCGUAUGACUGCAGCAUACUGUCUGACCAGGUUCCAGAAAUUACAGAGCUGGAGAAUGCUGGGCUGUGUAAUAUUCGACAGUAUGACUGCACAUCAGUGAGAGUUUUUGGACAUGGCUUCAGGGAGUCAUUGAAUCUGAAAUGUGAAAUCAUCAAAUUGCAAUAUAGUAAUAAACAAUGGAUUCCUGGAGAACUUCUGACUAUGCCAGCUGUCUUCCAAAAUGCCAGGACAGUCGACUGCCAAUUACCAAAUGAUGGCCAGCAGUCUGAUGUCAUGGAUGUGGUUGAUGAUAAACCCAUUGCCAUGUGGCAAAUAAAGAUUUCUAAUGAUGGAUUCAUCUAUAGCAACUCUAAAACAAUGAUAUUAUAUGAUGGAGCCUGUCAGACAUGUGAAUCACAAGAAUCUGGGUUAUGUACAUUAAAGGAGAAAACAUGCAACAUAGAUGGACUCUGUUAUGCUGAAGGAGACACAAAUCCAACCAGCCCUUGCUUACUCUGCAGACCUGACACAUCAAAGUUAACUUGGUCAGUCGUUGAAAACAACCAGCCUCCGGUCCUUGAAACUUCUCAGGUUAUGCUACAGACUUUUUAUGGAGAAGACUUUGUAUAUCAGUUUUUGGCUUCAGAUCCAGAGGGCUCUGCUAUUCAUUUCACAUUGGAUUCUGGUCCAGAAGGUGCCAGUCUUUCCCCAUCAGGUCUCCUUUUGUGGAAAGCUGCCUCAACGAAUCUCCAUAAAUUAACAUUUUCUUUGACAGAUGACUGCAAUGCAACAACUAAGGUAGAAAUAGAGGUCAGUGUAAAAUCAUGUGAUUGCCUAAAUAAUGGCUCAUGUGUGACAAACAUUAAUUUCCCACCUGGAAGUGGAAGAUAUCUUUGUGUGUGUGUGGCUGGAUUUGAAGGUGAUCUCUGUGAAGGGAAUACUGAUGACUGUAGACUUAACCAGUGUGGUGUUGGCAGAUGUGUGGAUGGAAUAAACAGCUAUUACUGUGAAUGUCCACCUGAACUUCAAGGUGAACAUUGUCAAGAGGAUGUAGAUGAAUGCGCAUCCAGUCCUUGCUUCCCUGGAGUAUUUUGCUUCAAUACUUUUGGUUCUUACCAUUGUGGUCCAUGCCCAAAUAAUCUACAAGGAGAUGGGAAGUCAUGUUAUGAAAGCUCUGAAGACCCUGAUGUUGAAAGGAAGGAUUCCACAGGAGAAAUUGGAGGGAAUAAAGGGUUUCAACAAUCGUCCUUUGAGAAGGUUUUAAGCAUCUCAAGCUAUAAUCCCAGUUCUACAGAUGUCCCAAAGAGAUUUAUUUCUACAGAAAUGUUCAGUAGCAGCACACCACCAGCCUCCACAGUAAAAACAAUCACUGCCUGGAAGUCACUUGAUUCUCAGAGAAGUGCUUCUUUACAACCUGCUAUUACUGGAAACAUUGCUCACGCUCUCAUCAGUGGUCACCUUGCUGACAUGGAAGUGAGUUCUUCAGUACAUACUGUGAUGACUGCAUCUUCAGGGAGCCAUGCUGUAUCAUCUGAGAAGAAAACAAGGGCACAAGUUGAGGACUACAGCUAUUUUGAGAGUAGCAGGAAGACUUCUAGCAGCAGAGCAAAUAUAAGCAAAGGACUUUCUUUGCCAAGCAAAGCAUUCAGAGGUGGCAGUGCUCAGAGAGUUCUACACCUGUUAGCCAAGCAUAAAGCAAGUAAUUUACCUUUUACCCUUGUUGAAGUCACUGUCCCACCAAAAAUGUUUCCUGAAGAAUUAAGUGAAGCAGUGAUUCCUAAAGCAAUAAGCUGUACUGAUUUACCCUGUUUUCCUGGUGUACGCUGUGAGCCAAAUCAGGAUGGAAGCAUCAAGUGUGGUCAUUGUCCUUACGGUUAUUAUGGAGAUGGCUUCACUUGCAGAGCAAGAUGUAGACAAACAUGUGGCAAAAAUAUGGAGUGUGUGGCACCCAAUAUUUGUAAAUGCAAGCCUGGUUAUGCUGGUUAUAACUGUCAGACCACCCUGUGCAGACCUGAUUGCAAAAACGGUGGGAAGUGCAUUAAGCCAAAUGUCUGUGAAUGUCUACCAGGAUUCAGUGGCUCCACUUGUGAGGAAGCACAUUGUAAACCACCCUGCCAAAAUGGAGGCACGUGUUUGGCCAGAAAUCUCUGCACCUGCCCAUAUGGUUUUGUGGGACCAAGAUGUGAUACAAUGGUUUGCAACAGACAUUGUGAAAAUGGUGGUGAAUGUCUCACUCCAGACAUCUGCCAGUGUAAACCUGGGUGGUACGGACCUACAUGCAGUACAGCAAGGUGUGAUCCUGUGUGUCUCAAUGGUGGUUCCUGCACUAAGCCAGAUGUUUGCCUCUGUCCACAUGGAUUCUUUGGUGCCCAGUGUCAGAAUGCUGUUUGCAGCCCGCCUUGUAAGAACGGUGGUCACUGCAUGAGAAAUAAUGUCUGUAGUUGUCCUGAUGGGUACACGGGUGGAAGAUGUGAAAAAAGCAUCUGUGAGCCAAGGUGUAUGAAUGGAGGAAGAUGUGUCGGCCCAAACAUUUGCUCUUGUCCUUCAGGAUGGAGAGGAAGAAGAUGUGACACUCCAAUCUGUCUUCAGGAAUGUAAGAAUGGUGGGGAGUGUAUUGGACUGAAUACAUGUCAUUGUCCUCCACAGUGGGAAGGAAUCCAAUGUCAAACACCUGUGUGCAACCAGAAGUGUCUGUUUGGAGGCAAGUGUGUGUUGCCCAACGUAUGCUCUUGUCGUCCAGGUUAUACUGGAGUCCUCUGUGGGAAGAAAAUUCAGGUACAAAGGCAUCAGGACUGAAGAAGUGUAUCAAUUAAAUUGCAAUGCUUCAUGGAUGUAUGAGACUUGAAAAAAAAAGGCAAUUACAGAGUUUAUUUAAAUGAAAGGAAUAUUCAGAAGUGUUAUUUUUAAAGAUACGUAUUAGUCACAAAUAUUGGUGAGCUUCAAAACAACAAUCUUGUAGUCAUUAAAGCAUACGUAUAUUACUAUAAUUUUUUGCUACCUCAUGCACAAACCCCACAGCCUCUGAUGUCUUCACUGGACUUACGGAUCUGAUGACUGAUGCAAACUCAGAAUUCUGCAGUUUGUUGAUGCAGUCAGCUGGACUACGAGAUUUCCUUUGUGGGGAUAAGAUUGUUAACAGCUGCUGAGUGAGUGUCUCCAGCAAGGAAGGCAGCACUGCAGCACUUCCUGAAUGGUACCUUCUGUUUUUAAACACUGUUUACAUUAUGUGUUAUUUGGCUGCAGACAGAAGAAAAAGCAGAACUAUGUUUUUCUUCUUCUCUUGUAUUUGCAUCAUUCUUGGUAUAAUGACAAGUCAGUAGGGAGGAAGGUGGGGGAACCUGAACUGAGGUUGGGCUACUAACAGUGGAGGCUUCCUUCCUGUCUUGUUAACAGUCAACCAGAUGCAGAACAGCUCUUAUUUUAUCUAUGACAAGCCUUUGUAGCCACAAGCCAGAUACCAGCUCUUCUGUUUUGACUUCCUUACUUAACGCUUAUAAAUUUGAGUACCCAGCUACUGAAUUAUUGCUGUGUCUGUAAGACUUUAGGCCCCUCCUUUGAGAUAGCAUUCAGUAAUAUGAGGAAAUUUUGUCCCCAGGUCUCUAGGAGAAAUUUGACAAUGCUUUUAGCAAUGCUGAAUCCUAAAAUGGGAACUAAUAAGCAGAGAAAUUUGUUGUAUAUAUGCCAUCUGUACCCAUCAUGUCAGAAAGUAUUUGUAAGGCCUUCUUAGAGGAUUUCUGAACUGUUAGCACCUACCAGCUGCCAGGUAGUUUUUGAACAAAUAAAAUCCCAUUUUUUCCUAAAUUUCCUACAGAAGACUGCUACCCUCUCCUAGAGCUGUUAAAGACAUUUCAGUUCCCACCACAACAAACUUGAGUUCUAGUAAAAGACACAAACACCCCUUUACUUAAGCCAUUAAAAUUUACUGUUUUGUUUAUUUUAGACCAAAAUUAAACAUCAUGACUUUCUGUUUUCCUGAGCAAUAUUUAGUUUACAUGCUCUAAUUCUGAGCGGGAAGAAAAUAAGAGCUCAUUUUGCCAUUUACUGCCACUCUGGGAUGCUGAUUGCCAAAUCACAGCUUUUAGCAGCUCUGUGCCUAGAUUUCUCCUCACCUUUUGAUAGUCCUCUUAAGUAAUUUUGCAAAGUAAGAUGGCAGUUUGAGAGCUCAGCAUCAUUCCAGAAUGAUACCUGAUGGAUUUCCAAGUACCUGACUUGUGUAUUUAAAAAAUAUUUUCAGUUUCCCACUUGCAUUUUAAAUGUCAGUGUUUCCAUAGUUUCUUUCAAUCAAGUAUCUCAGUGGCUGAUAGCUCGAUAAUCUGAGAACUAUUCUGUUAUUUAAAACCUUUCUCACACCUCACAAAGAUCUCGAUGAACAAAACCUGAGUAGCUCUUGGAACUGAUGCCUCAGGAUGAUGCUUUGAAUACAAAAGGUUCUGAAAAUGUUUUUAAAGUGCAAACACCCCGGUAUCACAUAAUCUCAUUUUGUAAUCACCCCCAGUUCUACAUGCCAGUUACAGAGGUACUGUGCUAAAGAGAAAGAACAUCUGCCUGGAACACUGCUAAUAAUAUUUUGGUUAAUGAGUUUCUGCAACCCUCUGUUCACUAAACUUAAUAUGUAUAUGUGCAUUUCUAGGAUUUCAGGCUGAAUA